GGAAAGAUUUUGGAGAAGACUGGACUCUGCAGUCAAAUCACUUUUGGCCGAUAUGUGCGACAGGGACGGAAACUAGGGGUGGAUCCAAAGCUCUUCAUCCAGGAUCUGCAGUUUAACAGAGUCCCUGUGAGGGUUUAUCAGCCUAAAGCUACCUCUGAUGGGCGGAGGAGAGGUAUCAUCUUCUUUCAUGGAGGAGGCUGGGUAUUUGGAAGUCUUGAUACCUAUGAAAAAGUAUGCCGCUACAUAUCCAGAGAAAGUGAAUCGGUAGUUGUAUCUGUUCAGUAUCGUUUAGCUCCUGAACACAAAUACCCUGCUGCGUAUGAAGACUGUCUUAAUGCCACCGUACACUUUAUGAAGAAUAUGGAGCACUAUGGCGUGGAUCCUGCCAACGUAAUUGUCUGCGGGGACAGUGCUGGGGGCAACCUAGCAGCUGCUGUUAGCCAGACCCUUGCAGGGAGAUCAGACCUCCCCAAACUACGUGCUCAGAUCUUGAUCUACCCAGGCCUUCAGGCACUGGACUUCAAUUUACCAUCUUAUCAUCAAAAUCGAGGAGUCCCUCUUUUAUUCCGAGAACGUGCUGCUUUCUUUGCUUUGCAGUACCUAAAUGGGGAUUCCUUGCAUAUGCAAGAGGUCUUGGAGGGGUCUCAUAUUCCUCCAGAUAUGAGGCUGAAGUACAGGAAGUGGGUGAGUCCAGAUAACAUCCCUGAAAAAUUUAAGGUCAGAGGUGUGAAGCCACUUAGACCCACUGAUUUUAUAGCUGAAGUUUAUGAGACAGUGAAAAGAUUCUGUGAGCCCAACCUGUGUCCACUGUUAGCCGAAGAUGCUGUUGUUCACCAGCUGCCCGAGUCUUUCAUCUUGACUUGUGAAUACGAUGUGCUAAGAGACGAUGGCUUGCUUUACAAGAAGAGAUUGGAGGACAACGGUGUUCGAGUGACCUGGUACCACCUCGAGGAUGGAUUCCAUGGAAUCAUAAGCCUAUAUGAUUAUUGUGGUUUCUCAUUUCCAGCUGGGAAAAGGGGAUUGGACAGCAUUGUUAACUUCCUAAAAAGCUUAUAGUAAAUAUCUUAGAUUCCACGAGUCUAUUCAUGCCUCAACCUAGGAAAAUAUCUUUUUAGGAUAUUUAAUAUCAGGUGAUGGGUAGUCAAUCAAGGGCAGCCAUUAACAACGAUAAACAAGGCUCAUCAGAACCUCAUUCCAGCUGUUAGUUGGAACAUGGUAUAUGCAAACCUUAUACAAGCUUGUACCAUGCUGCAAGCCCUUAUCUUAGCGAUGUCAAUAAAGAAGAGCGUUAUUUUGAAUGGCCACCCUGGUUUGUUCCACUUCAUUAGAAUAAAAUGUGUCUGUCUAUGACAAGAG